GCUGGUCGUGAAGAAAUGGUGCAAAUAGGUUUACCAGUGAGAAGGCAUAGAGAAUAUGAGCUGGUAACUCCAGUCAGCACAAAUCUAGAAGGACAUUAUCUCUCCCACAUCCUGUCUGCAAAUCACAAAAAGAGGUCACCGAGGGAUGUGUCUUCCAACCCUGAGCAAUUGUUCUUUAACAUCACUGCAUUUGGAAGAGAUUUUCAUUUGCGACUAAAGCCUAACACUCAACUAGUAGCUCCUGGGGCUGUCGUGGAAUGGUACGAAACUUCGCCUGUGCCUGGGAAUAUAACCAAUCGACCCGGAAGUGCUUCAGAAGGAAUCUGGAGAACGGAGCCUUUGCAGACUAACUGUGCUUAUGUCGGUGACAUCAUGGAUGUUCCAGGAACCUCUGUUGCCAUUAGCAACUGUGACGGUCUGGCUGGAAUGAUAAAAAGUGAUAAUGAAGAGUAUUUCAUUGAACCCUUGGAAAGAGGUAAGCAGAUGGAUGAAGAAAGAGGGAGGAUUCAUGUUGUCUACAAGAGAUCAGCCGUAGAACAAGCACCUGUGGACAUGUCCAAAGACAUCCACUUUGAAGAGCCCGAUCAAGAAGGCCUUGAUCUAGGUGCAGCUUACAGCAGCGUUGACCAGCAGCUGAAUGAAACCAUAAGGCACCGAAGACACGCAGGAGAAGACGACUACAACAUCGAGGUGCUGCUGGGAGUGGACGACUCUGUGGUCCGUUUCCAUGGCAAGGAGCAUGUCCAAAACUACCUCCUCACCCUGAUGAACAUUGUGAAUGAAAUUUACCAUGAUGAGUCCCUUGGAGUACAUAUAAAUGUGGUCCUGGUACGCAUGAUAAUGCUGGGCUAUGCAAAGUCCAUUAGCCUCAUAGAAAGGGGAAACCCGUCCAGGAGCUUGGAGAAUGUGUGCCGCUGGGCUUGCCAACAACAAAGAUCCGAUCCCAACCACUCUGAGCACCAUGAUCAUGCAAUUUUCUUAACCAGGCAAGACUUCGGACCUGCUGGAAUGCAAGGAUAUGCUCCAGUGACAGGCAUGUGUCAUCCAGUGAGGAGCUGCACCCUGAAUCACGAGGAUGGGUUUUCAUCUGCUUUUGUAGUAGCGCAUGAAACUGGCCAUGUGCUGGGCAUGGAGCACGAUGGGCAAGGCAACCGGUGUGGCGACGAGACUGCGAUGGGCAGCGUUAUGGCGCCCUUGGUGCAGGCGGCCUUCCAUCGCUACCACUGGUCCCGCUGCAGCGGUCAGGAGCUGAGGAGAUACAUCCAUUCCUAUGAUUGUCUGCUUGAUGACCCUUUUGAACAUGAUUGGCCCAAACUCCCAGAACUUCCUGGAAUAAAUUAUUCUAUGGAUGAGCAAUGUCGUUUUGAUUUUGGUGUUGGUUACAAAAUGUGUACUGCAUUUCGAACCUUUGACCCGUGCAAACAGCUGUGGUGCAGUCACCCCGACAACCCCUACUUCUGUAAGACUAAAAAGGGGCCGCCGCUGGAUGGCACCGAGUGCGCUGCCGGGAAAUGGUGCUACAAAGGACACUGCAUGUGGAAGAACACCAAUCAGCAGAAGCAAGACGGCAACUGGGGCUCCUGGACCAAGUUCGGCUCCUGCUCCCGGACGUGUGGAACUGGUGUCCGCUUUAGAACCCGCCAGUGCAACAACCCCGCGCCCAUCAACGGUGGGCAGGACUGCCCUGGCGUUAACUUUGAGUACCAGCUUUGUAAUACAGAAGAGUGCCAGAAGCACUUUGAGGACUUCAGAGCACAGCAGUGCCAGCAGCGGAACUCUCACUUUGAGUUCCAGAGCACCAAGCACCACUGGCUGCCACACGAGCACCCCGACCCCAGGAAACGAUGCCACCUGUACUGCCAGUCGCGGGAGACGGGGGUCGCGGUGUCCAUGCGGCAGCUGGUGGCGGACGGCACGCGCUGCUCCUACCGGGACCCGCAUGGCGUGUGCGUGCGCGGCGAGUGCGUGAAAGUGGGCUGCGAUAAAGAAAUUGGUUCCAACAAGGUUGAGGACAAAUGUGGCGUCUGUGGAGGAGACAAUUCUCACUGUCGCACUGUGAAGGGGACGUUUACGAGAACGCCCAGGAAGCUUGGGUACCUUAAGAUGUUUGACAUCCCUCCUGGGGCUAGACAUGUGUUAAUCCAAGAAGACGAGGCUUCCCCUCACAUUCUUGCUAUUAAGAACCAGGCUACAGGCCACUACAUUUUAAAUGGCAAAGGGGAAGAAGCCAAGUCACGGACCUUCAUAGAUCUUGGCGUGGAGUGGGAGUACAACAUUGAAGACGACACUGAGACGCUCCACACUGAUGGACCCUUGCACGAUCCCGUUAUUGUUCUGAUCGUACCUCAGGGGAACGACACCCGCUCCUCCAGCUUGACAUACAAGUACAUCAUCCACGAGGACUCUGUGCCCACCAUCAGCAGCAACAACGUCAUCCAGGAAGAGCUGGACACCUUCGAGUGGGCUCUGAAGAGCUGGUCGCAGUGCUCCAAGCCCUGUGGUGGAGGUUUCCAGUACACUAAAUAUGGAUGCCGCAGGAAAAGUGAUAAUAAAAUGGUUCAUCGUAGCUUCUGUGAGGCCAGUAAGAAGCCAAAACCUAUCAGACGAAUGUGCAAUAUUCAAGAGUGUACACAUCCACUCUGGGUCGCAGAGGACUGGGAACACUGCACUAAGACCUGUGGCAGCUCUGGCUUCCAGCUCCGCACUGUCCGCUGCCUUCAGCCGCUACAUGACAGCACCAACCGCUCUGUGAACAGCAAGUACUGUGUCGGGGAACGUCCUGAGAGCCGCCGGCCCUGCAACAGGGUGCCCUGCCCAGCCCAGUGGAAAACAGGACCCUGGCACGAGUGUUCUGUGACAUGCGGCGAAGGCACCGAGAUGAGGCAAGUCCUCUGUAAGGCUGGGGACCACUGUGAUGGUGAAAGGCCUGCGUCCGAGAGGCCCUGUCAGCUGCCGCCCUGCCAAGAUGAGCCAUGUUUGGGAGACAAGUCCAUAUUCUGUCAGAUGGAGGUGCUGGCCCGGUACUGCUCCAUCCCAGGUUACAACAAGUUGUGCUGUGAGUCCUGCAGCAAGCGCAGCAGCACGCUGCCACCGCCACACCUGCCAGAGACUGCUGAGAUGCACGACGACGCCCUCUUUAGCCCCACAGACCUCCCCCGUGCCCUAGUUAUCCCCACACCUGUGGCUCCUUCCCACGCAGAGACGCCUGCUGAGAAAAAACCUGUGCGAAGCAUCUCUUCAGUGGGAAGCCCGAACGCAAAUGCUGCUUUCAGGCCGAACAGCAGGCCUGCUGGUGCUAACUCACCCAGGCGCGGGGCUCCGCAGGCCGGAAGUCAGGCGCUGAGCUUGCUCUCCGUGCCGGCUUCCUCGCCUCACUCACACUCAGAGGUGGCUGCUGCUCCCUUUCUUGCAGUGAGUGACUCAAUAGGUGCUUCACAGACAAGAACCUCAAGGAACGAUGGAAAGAUUAUCAAUAAGAGACAUCCGCUAAGCUCGUCCACCGUAGAAAGAUGAGGAAGAACCAGCAGGCAGGGAACCAGAAGGAAACCUGGACAGCCUCCCUCAGCAUGGGGCAUAGACCUUGUUCCAAGUGGAAAGCCUCACGGACCGUCAGCUCAUUUCAUCUGUCGGUGGGAAAACAAAAAGUGCUGGUUCACUUUCUCGUUGCUUUCAUCCUCCUCCUCUUCUCCAUGGGCUCAUCUGCCAGGAUUCGUUGGAAGAAAGCACCAAAGAUUACCAACGGAAGGAAAGCAAGUGGCUGUGUUGGUCACUCUCUAAAGAACAGGGAGUAGAAUGAACCAUGCGUAUCAACUAAUGUUUUUCUUUUAAAAAGUAAAAAUUAAAGAGAUGCCAACGGUUUACACUUCAAGAAGAAAUUCUGGAAAUGGGGCAAAGAAUUCUCAGACUUGUAUUCCUAUUUAUCUAUAUUAGAAAUAUUGUAUGAGCAAAUUUGCAGCUGUUGUGUAAAUAUUGUACAUUGCAGAAAUCCAUAUUAUUUUAAGAGAUGUUCUCAAAUCGAUUGUUUACUAUCUUACAUUGCUGGAUGUUCUAGGUGCCUGUCAUUGCGUAUUGCCUUAUUUGACUUAUCUGACAUUCCAUGGGUUGGCUUGCAAAGCAGAAUACUACAGAGAAGUUAGAAUUACAGCUACUGACAGUACAACUUGUAUGGUUGUAUGGUUUUGUCUUUUUCUUUUUGUUAAGUCAGCAAUAUGGUGCCUAAAUUACAGAAAAAGAAAAAGACAAGCUUCAGUAAACGGAUCUCACUGCCGUCCUCACCUUGCAUCCUUGUAAGUGCGGGCUGAACACACUUGUGGUCACAGCAAACCGGAAGUGUGCCUGCGCAAGACAACCGUGAAGUUCUAGUCCGGAUGACCUGUGUUCUUGUGUUGUUUUUGCUUUUCAAAAUUUUCCCGUUGUUGAUAUUCAAACAGUAAUACUUGAUGUACUGUAAAAACCAGAAAGGAAACAUGGGGAUAAUUUGUGUAUUGGUAGCUGAGAAACAUAUCGUCAAACUGGAAUUGACCCUCAGAUAUGGGAGUGCUUUGGAAGCAGGUUCAAGAAAGCAUUCAUCAAUGGUUGAGAUAUUUAUUUUCUGCAUGGUUCGUAUCCAAGUGUUCACAACCACAAUGCAUCUGACUGCAAUAAUGUGCUCAUAACUUAUGUCAGUGAUCGCCUCGCACACAGCAAAACCAGAAAUGCUCUCUCCAGGGAGUAGAUGUAUAGUACUUGUAUAUAGAACUGAGAACUGAAGCUAUUUAUUAAAACUUGAUUUUUUUUCUUGAUGGUAUUUUUAUGUGCUAAAUAUUUACACUAAUAUCAAUGCAUGUUUUAGUAAACUAGAGAGACAUAAUUAGAGAAGUGUGAUUUGUUCUGUGCAUUGAUGAGAAAUUUAAGCAAACCACCUCAGCCAAUUCAGAGCUAAAAUUGAACAAAUUUGAUGUUAUGUAGACAUUUUACAUUUUUAAGGUAGUUGAUGCAAAGUUGAUGACUUGUUCCCCUUCAAGGAAACAUAGGAAUUUAAGUAGCUAUUUAAUGAAAUUGUGAAGUAGAAACAUUUUUAAAAGAAUGUGAAAGAGAGAAGUGCUUCCUGAAUUAUGCUUAAAGAUUAAGUAUUGUUAGCUUAGUGUUUUUUGAGGUCAUUACCUGAAAUGUCUAAAAACAUGUUAUGGAAACUAAAAUACAAUUGUUACCUUCUCAAAGCACAGAAUAUACAAGGACUUUGGAUUUUAAACUCUUAUAAACUAACGGCCUAAGCCAUUGACUCAAUACCUCUAAAGAAUUGCUGCUACUUUCUGCAAGAAUUUCUAAGGUCAAAAAAUAGGUAAAUUCCAGAUAUAAAACAAUCCCUGAGACUUAAAAUUUUCCCAGAAUGAAAUUCUCUCUAGUUUACUUGCAUAUAUGUAUGUCUGGCCCACAGGGGUAUUAUAAAGUUGGACACACACACACACACACACACAUUGUAUAUAGGUAUUCCCUUCUGACCUUUGGGCUUUCUUUCCUACUAAGCUAAAAAUUUCUUUUCAAAGUGUACACUACUGAUGCUGUUGUAUUGGGAACACAUAGCAAUAAAAACAUUAACAAAAUAUAGAUCUGGCAAUUAAUUAGAUUUUAUCAUUAAAUGCAUCCCACAGUAA